AUGGCAUUAAGUGGAAACUGUAGGACUAACCCUACGUCAAAAGAACAAGGAUCUGUUCAGAAUAGUUUCCCAGAUGUUGUAGAAUUAAAUGUCGGGGGACAGGUGUAUUACACGCGUCAUGCAACGUUAGUAAGCACCCCGAAUUCCUUGCUGGGCAAAAUAUUCUCACCUAAGAAGGAUGCCACUAAUGAUUUGGCGCGGGACCCUAAGGGACGCUAUUUUAUCGACAGAGAUGGAUUUUUAUUUCGAUAUGUGUUGGACUACCUCAGAGACAAACAAGUUGUACUGCCCGACCAUUUUCCAGAGAAGGGGAGGCUUAGGAAAGAGGCGGAGUACUUCCAGUUGCCAGACUUGGUCAAACUAUUGACGCCCGAAGAUUUAAAACACAGUCCAGACGAAUACUUCCACAGUGAUUUUGAAGAUGGUUCUCAAGGCAGCGACCACAAGAUGUGUCCGCCGUCGUCACUGGUUCCGGCAGACAGAAAAAGUGGAUUCAUUACGGUUGGGUACAGAGGCUCUUGUACAAUAGGCAGAGAGAGUCAAACCGACUCCAAAUUCAGAAGGGUCCCACGGAUUUUGAUUUGUGGGAGGGUUGCGUUAGCCAAGGAAGUUUUUGGGGAGACCUUGAACGAGAGUCGAGAUCCGGACAGGACACUGGAUCGAUAUACUUCCAGGUUUUACCUGAAGUUCAAACACCUUGAGAGAUCCUUUGACAUGCUGUCCGAGUGUGGUUUCCAGAUGGUUGCCUGUAACUCCUCAGUCACAGCGUCAUCCGUGAAUCAACACACAGAAGACAAGAUCUGGUCAAGUUACACUGAAUACAUCUUCUAUCGUAAUAGACAGGUGUUUAUGACACCCAAGCCUGAUUACAAUGAUCGUAGACACAAUCAAUUUGGUGACGGAGAGGGCGAGAGCGGCACCUCCUUCAACGACCUCUCCACCUCCAGCUCUGAAAGCCAGUCAGAGGCCAGCUCACCCCAGGGCACCGUCAUCUGUGGGCCAGUCAACCGGCAGUCCCACUCCCAUGUCCAGACCCUGGACCGGCCGCUGAAGAAGGGCCCAGUGCAGAUGCUGCAGCAGUCAGAACAGCGCAGGAAGAGUGAUCUCCUCCGCACGCUCACCACUAGCUCCCGAGACACCAGCACCUGUAAGAAGAGGCCAGCUAAGGAGAAGAUGACCAUUGAGGAGGAGCUGGAGAAGUGCAUCCAGGACUUUCGUAAGAUCAAGAUCCCUGAACGCUUCCCGGAGAGGAAGUACAUGUGGCAGGCGGAGCUGCUGAGAAAGUACCGUCUCUGA